UUAAAGACCAUCUUUUAAACAUGCAUUCCUUCUUAAUGCUACAGUGCUGGAACCAUCAAUCGACAUUAAAAAGUGAACAGCUGAGCUGUUGUAAGGAAGCAUUCUCCGUCAAUCGAAUACAAUCCUCGAGUCUGUCUGACGGACCAACGAUGAGUUCAUAACUAACCAGCCGAGUAAACAGAGAAUCACUUCAGUACCAUGUCACCUACCUCCAUCCUCCGCAUUGCAGCUAUGCAAACUCUGCGACCUCAGGUUCUACGAGCAUCGAGACCAGUCCAUAUUCGAAUCCAACCCUUCUCCCAAUCCUCAAUUAGAGCAUAUCCCAGAAAGAGCAGUCAAGACAAGGAUAGCAUAGACACAGAGCCAACGGAGUAUACGAAAAGCGGAACAGACGAUGGUGCCGCAGCACAAGCAGACGCUGCGUACGACCCCAACGUUACAGAUCCUCAAAAAGAGAAGGACAUAGCAGGAGAAGGAAAUGAGGUACGCAAACCCCGUUCUGCCACCUCAUCUGGCUAGAAUUUGGAACAGCACUGACUUGGAAUUAGGAGUCUGGAAAUCCAUUGGACGUAUCGCCUGCGAACCCUGAGGUGUCAAAACAGAGAGGAAAAACCGAAGGAGGUGCUGAGAAGGGAGAGGGGAAGAAGCAGAGUGGAGGAGGAAGUCCAAAUAAAGCUGGAAAGGCAUAAAGCGACAAAAACUGUAUCAACACCUUAUAUAUGGAGAAAGAUGAUAUUUUGCACU